CACCAAUAGUCUGGAAACAAGCACACAUAAUCUAUUAUAUUAUGAAUCUACACUGAAACAAGCACAGUUAAGUUGGCUAACAUCUUAUGGCACUGCCUAUGCCCAUGAAGGUGCCGAAUGUUCCUCCAGUUUGUAUCAUGACUUUUCCCAAGUUCGUUAUUAGUUCUCUUCCACGCAGACCAUAUCUGAUGCCAGCAACAGUCCCGAAGAUGGCUCCUAUGGACAGACCCACUGCACCUCCAAUCAUAGCUCCGUACUUGACUUUAUUGAUACAGGAGACACCUCCUCCGUGGCCUCUUGCAGCAACUGGCAUUAUCUCUCCAGAGAGGGGCUGUAGAUGGUACAAGCAGCAAAGAGAGAGUUGGCUUCUUGUAUAACUUCAACCAUGUGGUGGAAAAUGGGCUUUAAUUAGAAUGACAACACCCACGUGGCUGUGAUAAUAGUUAAAAUGCAAGUAUCUACAGCCAACAGUGUGAAGGUGUACAACCUCAGUGCUGGGAAGUCUCUACCAGAAUGGAUCUCAGAGAGGAAAAGACGUACACUACUCAAAAAUGACAUCGGUCUUCGUCGUCGUAUUGAGCUAAUCCAGGACUUCACAAUGCCAGUGGCCUCCACACGAGUGAAAACCAGUCCAGACGGCCAGUACAUAUUAACUACAGGUGUGUACAAGCCUAGGAUUCGUUGCUAUGAUGUUCACCAGCUGUCAAUGAAGUUUGAGCGUUGUGUGGAUGCCGAGGUGGUCAACUUCAACAUGCUCUCUGAGGACUAUUCCAAGUUUGUGCUGCUGCUUAGCAACCGACAGCUGGAGUUCCAUGCUCAGUAUGGCUUCUACUAUCGUACCCGUAUACCGAGGUCUGGACGAGACCUGGACUAUCACCGCCAGUCAUGUGAUCUCUAUAUUACUUCUGAUUGUUCAGACAUAUAUCGGCUAAAUCUCGAGCAAGGCCGCUUUCUUACUCCUCUCAAGUCUAAGUCAAGUGGUUGUACAUCGUGUGCAUUCAACUCAGAGCAUCAGUUGUUCACUGCAGGAACAGAAGAGGGUACGGUUGAGUGCUGGGACCCGCGCUCUGGACUGUGUGUGGGGGAGGUGGCCCUACCAGUAGAAGAGGGAGACACUGACUCCCCUCCAAGUGUGACAGCCCUCUGUUAUAAAGACUCACUCAAUCUCGCCGUGGGGACAUCAGCUGGACAAGUGUUGCUCUAUGAUCUACGCUCCCCCCGCCCACACACUGUCAAGGAUCACUACUAUGGCUUUCCCAUCCACUCCAUUGCCUUCCAGAAGAAGGAGGGGCUUGUGCUCUCGGCUGAUAGCAAGAUACUCAAGAUAUGGCAUGAGAAAGAUGGCUCAGCAUUUACUUCUGUUGAGCCUGAGAACUCCAUUAAUGAUCUUUGUCACCUCCCUGACUCUGGACUGGUGAUCAUGGCAACAGAGGACACUCGUGUGCUGAGCUACUAUAUUCCCGCUAUAGGCCCCGCCCCCAAGUGGUGCUCUUUCCUGGAUAAUCUGACGGAGGAGCUCGAGGAGAACCCUGAACCAACUGUAUACGAGGACUACAAGUUUGUUACACGUCAGGACCUCGAUACUCUAGGUCUCUCACAUCUGAUUGGCUCAAACCUCCUCCGAGCGUACAUGCAUGGCUUCUUCAUGGACAUGAAACUCUAUCACAAGGCAAAGGCCAUUGCUCAACCGUUUGCAUACGAUGAGUACAGAAAAGAGAGGAUAAAAAAACGACUAGAAGAAGCAAGAGCCAACAGAAUACGACAAAAGAAACUUCCCAAAGUAAAUCGACUGUUGGCUGAAAAAAUGCUCUCGGACAAAGCCACACCCACUAAUACAGACGUGGCCAAUCCAACGGGAGACGAGCGAUUCUCCUCCUUAUUCUCAAACCCUGACUUUGAAGCGGAUGUUGAGAGUGAAGAAUUCCAGUUACUUCAUCCACUCAUGGCUCAUAGGGAGAGAGUAAAGAACAAAAAGAAGACCUUUAUAAAAGAGGAACACGAGGAAAUGGAGUUAGAGGGGCGUGUGAGUGACGAGGAUAGUAGCUCAGAGGAAGACUGGGAAGAAGCACGGAGAGCAGCUGACCGACCUCGGGCCAUUGCAACCACGGAAACCAAGAAAACUGUGCAGAUGGUACCAUUAUCCCAGACUGAAGAUCGUGCAUCUAAAAGCAAGCACUCAAAGUCAUCUCUGGGCCAGCGUUUAGUGUCAGAGGGUGUGUCAGAGUUGAAGAAUGUGAGACAGACAGGUUCAGUGCUUGGUAGCAGAGAGGUCACCAUCACACUGGCAAAGAAGGAUGGUAGCGAAGAUGAGAAGCAAAAGCAACAAAAAGAGCACCGAGCAGAGAGAAAGAAAGUGAGACGAUCAGCCAGGAGCAUAUUACCAAGGACUGACCAACGCCAUGUUUACUGGAGAGGACGCAGAGUUAAAUAGACUGUACAAUAUGUAAUAUGAUAUGUUGAUAUGUUAUGAGUGUGACAUUCUUUACUGUCAUUGUGUAAACACACGCUUCAUUGUUGCAAGUAUCGAUUACUGAUAUUGAUAUCUUCCGUUUUUAUUA